CUCUCUGCGAGUUACAGUCUCAAAUAUGUCAGCUACCUUAUAUUCGAUUUUGAGCGUUCCUUAUUUCCUUCACUGAGAAAAGAAAAAACACAGAGAAAGAGAGGGAAACCAUGGAAAUGCAAGGAAGAAGACGAGAAGUGGUUGUUUCAUCUCUCCAAUUCGCUUGCUCCGACGAUAUCUCCACCAAUGUCGCCGCCGCUGAGCGAUUAGUCAGAGAAGCUCACGCUAAAGGAGCUAAUAUCGUUCUUAUUCAGGAACUUUUUGAAGGAUAUUACUUCUGUCAAGCACAAAGAGAAGAUUUCUUUCAGCGAGCCAAGCCUUACAAGAACCAUCCUACAAUUGCAAGGAUGCAGAAGCUGGCAAAGGAAUUGGGUGUAGUAAUACCUGUUAGCUUCUUUGAGGAGGCAAAUGCUGCACAUUACAAUUCGAUAGCGAUAAUUGAUGCUGAUGGAACUGACCUUGGAAUUUAUAGGAAGUCGCAUAUUCCUGAUGGACCGGGGUAUCAAGAGAAGUUUUAUUUCAAUCCUGGAGACACUGGCUUUAAGGUUUUCCAGACAAAGUUUGCAAAAAUUGGAGUGGCUAUAUGUUGGGAUCAGUGGUUUCCUGAGGCAGCUCGAGCUAUGGUUCUACAGGGUGCUGAAGUACUGUUUUAUCCCACUGCUAUUGGUUCUGAACCUCAAGACCAGGGAUUGGAUUCUCGUGAUCAUUGGAGGAGAGUUAUGCAAGGGCAUGCUGGGUCUAACGUGGUGCCUCUAGUCGCUUCAAAUCGCAUAGGGAAGGAAAUAAUUGAAACUGAGCAUGGACCAAGUCAGAUCACUUUCUACGGAACUUCCUUCAUUGCCGGGCCAACAGGUGAAAUUGUGGCUGAGGCAGAUGAUAAAUCGGAAGCCGUUCUCGUGGCACAGUUUGAUCUUGAGAUGAUCAAGUCGAAAAGGCAAAGCUGGGGAGUGUUCCGUGACCGUCGUCCAGAUUUGUACAAGGUGCUUCUUACUAUGGAUGGUAAUAUCUGAAUCUUUUGCUGUUUGAAGCUUUGAUCUUUUGUUUAAGAUCACACUGAGGAAAUCCAUUUAACAACAAUUAUUACUGGCUUAAUCUUAAAGGGUAAGCCCAAAAAUAAAAGACCUGAAAAUGAUAUAAUACAUCUCAAAAUUUGCUGUGGCUCUUUCAUCUUUCUAGGUCAUAUGAAAAAAUUGGAUAUGUAAACACAAA